CAGUUAGUUGUGUUGAAAGUGCUAGUCAUUUAAUAUCAAUAGAAAAUUAGAAAAGAUUUUGUCGAAUAUUUUUGUAUGAAGCAGCUCUGAGAACAGUAAAAAUGGUGUUAGAAAGUACUAUGAUUUGUGUCGAUAAUAGCGACUACAUGAGGAAUGGAGAUUUCCUACCCAGUAGACUCCAAGCUCAACAAGAUGCAGUAAAUUUAGUAUGUCAUUCUAAAACAAGAUCAAAUCCAGAGAAUAAUGUUGGUUUGUUAACGUUGGCAAAGGUAGAAGUCCUAGCAACACUGACCAGUGAUGUGGGUCGUAUUUUAUCUAAAUUACAUCAAGUUCAACCAAACGGGGAAAUAAACUUACAUACUGGUAUCAGAAUAGCUCACCUAGCUCUAAAACAUCGUCAAGGAAAGAAUCACAAAAUGCGCAUUGUAGCUUUUGUCGGAAGUCCUGUAGCUAGCGAAGAAAAAGAGUUAGUUAAAUUAGCAAAGAAGCUAAAGAAAGAAAAGGUUAAUGUAGAUCUUAUCAGUUUUGGGGAAGACUCAAUCAAUUCAGAGGUUUUGACAACAUUUGUUAAUACCCUAAAUGGUAAAGAUGGCACUAGCAGCCAUUUAGUUACAGUUCCCCCAGGUCCUCAUCUAUCUGAUGCUUUGAUUUCUUCUCCAAUUAUACAAGGUGAAGAUGGUACAGGUGCAACUGGUUUGGGAGGAUCAGGGUUUGAAUUUGGGGUCGAUCCUAAUGAAGAUCCAGAAUUGGCUUUGGCUCUUCGUGUGUCUAUGGAAGAACAACGCCAGAGACAAGAAGAUGAAGCUAGAAGAGCUAAAGAUGCCUCUAAUACUGAAUCUGGACCAAAAACUGAGGGAAAUGCAGCUCUAAAAGAAGAACCUAGUGAGGAAGCUUUAUUGGAAAGAGCUCUGGCUAUGUCAAUGGAACAAGGGGAUGAACAAAAUGUAACAGUAGCUAGAGCUCCUGUUGAUUUUGCGAACAUGACUGAAGAAGAACAGAUUGCUUUUGCUAUGCAAAUGUCCAUGCAGGAUGCCCAGGAAAACUCUGCUGGUGCUUCAGCCUCCAAGUUGGAGCCUAUGGAAGUUGAAGGAGAUGAAGACUAUUCAGAAGUGAUGAAUGACCCAGCUUUCCUUCAGAGUGUCCUAGAGAACCUUCCUGGUGUAGAUCCCCAAUCUGAAGCAAUCCGCCAAGCAGUGGGAAGUCUCAAAGAUAAGAAAAAGGAUGAAAAGUCUGAAGACAAACAAAAGAAGUAGUAGACUAUUCAUUGUAGUUUUUUUUUCAUUUACAUAUUUACUUACAUUUGUAUUUAAUUUCAAAUAAUAAAAUAGUGGUAUGCUUAA